AUGGUGAAUCUUGGGAUCCUGCUAGGCCUCCUUGCGAUCGCCCACGCUGGCGAUGGGCAUCACCACGCGCCAUCGGGAGCUCUUCAUCGGCGAGAGUACUUCUAUGUUGGGGGCCAGUAUGUCAACAUCUCCCAGCCGCCGUUUGGCCCGGGGCUUGUCCUGGCCGGGCAGAUGUACGUCGAACGCUUGACCCCAGCAUAUCCGACUCGGCAAUAUCCGCUGGUGCUCUGGCCUGGUGCUGGGCAAACUGGGGCUAAUUUCCUCAACACGCCUGAUGGUAGAAAGGGAUGGGCCUCGCACUGGCUUGAACUGGGAUAUGAAAUUGUCAUUGUCGAGCAGCCUGAAAGAGGCCGGUCUGGUUGGCUUGAGGGCCAGGGCCAAAUGGGAAACCCGCCCAUCGAGUUCGCGCAAGCUUUCUUCACCACCACGAGGGAGUUCAACUGGUGGCCACAAGCCCGAUUGCACACGCAAUGGCCGGACUCGGGCCAUGUUGGGGACGCAUUCUCUGACCAGUUCUUCGCUUCGCAAGUACCGCUACAGCUCAACAAGACGCGUUCAGAGGAGUAUAACCGAGCCGCAGGCAUCGCCCUCCUUGAGAAAAUUGGUCCAGCUAUCCUCGUCACGCACUCGCAGUCGGGACCUUACGGCUGGGGAGUUGCGGACUCCCGCCCGGACCUCGUCAAGGGAAUACUGGCCAUUGAACCUGAGGGGCCGCCGUUCGUUGAUGAAACGCUACAGACCGGCGCCGGUCGACCAUAUGGCAUUGCCACACUGCCUCUGACCUACCUCCCCAGAGUUGCUAACCCCCAGGAAAUAUCCACGGAAACUCAUCCUGCACCAUCCAUGGAUUUCAAUUCCUGCACCCUUCAAGCGAGCGUGCCGAGACAGCUUGUUCGUCUUCUGAAAACUCCAGUGCUACUUGUCACGGCAGAGGCGAGUUUCCACGCGCCGUACGACUACUGUACAGUUGCAUACCUGGAGCAGGCGGGCGUCCGUGUGCGAUGGCUCAACCUUCCAGACCAUGGGUUUUUUGGGAACGGGCACUUUAUGUUCCUGGAGAAGAAUAACAUGGCUUUUGUCCACCUGCUCGACUCGUGGCUAGCCUCAGUCGUAGCUUCACCGGGUCAGAGGCCGAUAUCGAACAAUAGACGUAAAUAG